CAUGCUGGGAGUCGUAGUCCGGGCUGGACCUGUCCACAAGAGUCCACUGAAGGGCACAGAGUUUAACCCCCGCCUUGUGACUACAGGUCACCUCCCGUGGUUGCUCCCUUCGCUUCUCUCGGGCGGAGCGUCCCCUGAGCACAGCUGGACUUGACCGUGCCAGCACUCUCCUCUGGCUUUCAAUAAAGUUUUCCUCUUCCUCCCCGGUGCGGAGCUCAAGAUGGCGGCCUCCUGGGCGGCCUCGGGCGGCCUGCGCUCCUUAGCGCGGAGCCGGCUCCGGCGGACUUGUGUGGGGCGCGGGGCCCGGGCCGCAGCUCCCGCCGCUCCGGCCGCCGCCCCUGGGAGGCCCCUUUGGAAAGCCUACACAGUGCAGACACCUGACAGGGUGACCCGAACUGCUGCUUCCGAGGCUUAUUUGAAAGCUUUGACUGUUUGCCAUGGACCGCUGGACCACUAUGACUUUCUGAUCAAAGCUCAUGAGCUGAAGGACGAUGAACGCCAAAGAAGAGUCAUACAGUGCUUGCAGAAAUUGCACGAGGACCUUAAAAAAUACAGUAUAGAGGCAGAAGAUUUCCUUUCGAAGCUUUUUUCAAGGAGCAAACCUCCAAGGGGCCUGUAUGUUUACGGAGAUGUUGGUACAGGAAAAACAAUGGUGAUGGAUAUAUUUUAUGCUUAUGUGGAAAUGAAAAGGAAGAAACGGGUCCAUUUUCAUGGCUUCAUGCUAGAUGUACAUAAAAGAAUACAUCGCCUUAAACAGAAUUUGCCCAAAAGGAAACCAGGAUUCAUGACCAAAUCAUAUGACCCAAUAGCUCCCAUAGCUGAAGAAAUCAGCCAAGAAGCAGGUCUUCUGUGCUUUGAUGAAUUUCAGGUCACUGACAUUGCUGAUGCCAUGAUUCUAAAACAGCUUUUUGAAAAUCUGUUCAAAAAUGGGGUCGUCGUUGUGGCAACAUCCAACAGACCACCGGAAGAUCUCUAUAAGAACGGACUCCAAAGGGCUAACUUUGUACCAUUCAUCGCUGUCCUGAAGGAAUAUUGCAAUACUGUCCAGCUAGAUUCUGGAAUAGAUUACCGAAAAAGGGAACUGCCUGCUGCAGGAAAGCUCUACUAUCUCACAAGUGAAGCUGAUGUGGAGGCUGUCAUGGAUAAGUUGUUUGAUGAGCUGGCUCAGAAACAAAAUGAUUUAACUAGACCAAGGAUUCUAAAAGUGCAAGGCAGAGAGCUGCGCCUGAAUAAAGCCUGUGGAACGGUUGCCGACUGCACAUUUGAAGAGCUGUGUGAGCGGCCGCUUGGAGCCAGUGACUAUUUGGAACUGUCAAGGAAUUUUGAUACGCUAUUUUUACGGAACAUUCCACAAUUUACGCUGGCAAAGAGGACCCAAGCUCGAAGAUUCAUAACUCUCAUUGACAAUCUUUAUGAUUUCAAGGUGCGUGUAAUUUGCUCUGCCUCGACUCCUCUGUCAAGCUUAUUUUUGCAUCAACAUCAUGACAGUGAGUUGGAGCAAAACAGGAUUCUGAUGGACGAUUUGGGGCUGAGCCAGACUUCACUUAGCACACAUUCAUGGAGCCCUGCUGAUGCCCGGCUCUGGGGACACUCUUUAGGGAACAGACUGAUGUUGGCCCCGCUCUGUGGACCUCAGAAUCUAGAGUCACCUCAGGCCAAGGGGAAGCUGCUUCGCAGUCCUUUCUUCUGGAGAAUAUUACAGGGACGCAGCGGCAGGACUGUCCAUGUUUACCGGAGAGGAGGAGGCCUUCGCGUUCCAGCGCACCGUCUCCCGACUCACGGAAAUGCAGACGGAGCAGUACUGGAAGGAAGGGGACAGGGGCAGGAAGUGACGGCCACCCUUCCGUGGGUGACACUGGACAGUGGCCGGUGCAGGCGGAAGUCUGUGCUGUGGGACGAAGGAGUCGUUUUCCCGUCAUCAGUGAUGCACUUUGUCCUCUGGACCACGCUCAUCUCAGAUCGCUGUCAAAGAUGCUUCAGAUUAGUAGGGUGAAGACAUCGUUUUUAUAGGUCUGUUUUUGCCUAUUUAUUUGGCCUUAUUUCUGCACCACAAAAUUUAAAAAUCAUCCCCCCUGAAAACGAUCGUAGAGCUGGAUAGUCGAGCUGUACGCCAAACCACCUGCAUGAACCUUUGCUGCACGGAUGAUAAAUGUGAGGCUGCUUGGCCUUUGCACCUUGGGUACACGUUUUUUAAAAAAAUUCAAAACAAAGAGCUUUUUACUCUUAUUGCAAACCAAAGGGAAAACCUUUUAAGACUGUUGGCAUAAAUGUAUAGUUUUUGUUGCUCUGGCUAUGAAUUACACGUAAUGGUUUCCUUAGGCUGGUGAAAAUAUGUUUUUAACCCUGAAAUCAAGGCCAGCAGACACGACCCCACCUCCUGCAGUCCCAGAGUCGCCUGACACCUCAAGUUGGAGCAGGUGUGGAAUUGCCACUGAUGGGCAGAUCUGCGGGCGGACCCCGAUGUAGACCGCCAGGGGGCGGCAGAGCGUGCCUGCUGCUGCGCCUGCGCGUCGGAGGCCGGCCCUGCGGACAGGCACAGGCUGGCCCCUGCCUGGCUCGUCCUCCGCGAUGCCGCUGACCACGCGGCUGCCCACGCGGCUGCCCACGCCGCUGCCGGCUCUGCACGGCCGGGCCUCGCGGAAACUAGGAACACGCGACUGAUCUGCUUGAAAUAAAAUCUAAUCUGUCCCUC